AAAAAUUGCAUUCGUAACAAGAGCAGCAACCAGGGUUUCCAAUAUCUGGAGGCUUAGCUAGAGGCACCACCCUCCUGAUGCUGUUAUUCGUCCAAAUUGCAGAAAUUCGAGACGCAGAGAGAUAGAGAGAGGCAAAGGAGAGGGAUCCUUACUUGAGAAGGCGCCGUUGAACAGUGGCCACACCGCAGGAGGCGUGAGGCGGAGGAGAGCAGACGCUCGGCCUGGGCUCGACGCUCGGGGGGCUUCUGGAGAGAGAGGGAGAGAAAGCGAGAGAGAUCGUCAGCGAGAGUGACCCGUCUUGGAGCGAGAGGGUUAGGAGCGAAGAAGUGAAAAUAUUGUCUCGGGUUUCUCAGUGAUUUUGAAUCCCAGAACUAGAAGUGAAGAAAAUAAAUAAACAAAAAGCCGGAAGUUUCAGGGCGUGCGUGCAGCACAACAACAGGUCUCCACGAAGCUGGUGAAACGCAAAGAUCUGUGACAAUCCACAGAAAACGCUUUCAGUGAAUGGGGAGGUGGAGAGCCGCUUUCCUUCUCCUCGAUCACAUAGCCUCUGCUUCCAAAUCGCUUAUCCCUAACCCCCCUCUUCCUCCCAGACCUCUCCGUCUCUCACUUCACUCAAGUCCCGUUUCUUACUUCUUCAGUUCAAGACCGUUCUCUGCAAUCCCAUCCCGCGUCUCGGUGGAUAUCAACGAAUUUGAUUCUGGGUCUCCGAGUUUCGAUCACAACGAUGAAUUAUUUGAUAAGGAAGACGAGGAAAUUGGAAAGAUUCCCGUCAAAGCCUUCUUUCUCUGCACCAGUAUCAAUUUGAAGAGCAUGCAAGCCGAGAAUUUAAGCAACGUAGUUCCUCCUACCUCUCGCUCCUCAAAUUAUAUUGCCCUCAGAUAUUGUGAUUUCUCUACAGAAAAUACUGUCUUUGGAGUCAAGAGGAAUCUGGGCUGCUGCCGUUACAUGGUUGUCUUCCAGUAUGGAUCUGCGGUUCUGUUUAAUAUUGAGGAUCAUGAAGCUGAAAUUUACUUAGACAUAGUUCGAAGACAUGCUUCUGGAUUGCUUUCCGAGAUGAGGAAAGAUGAUUAUGCUGUAAAAGAGAAGCCAUCAUUGGUUGAGGAUAUGCGAGGAGGUCCAGACUACAUUGUUCUCAAGACAUUGGACACUGAUGGUGUCCGCAUUAUAGGAAGUGUGCUUGGCCAAAGUAUAGCUUUGGAUUAUUUUGUUUCACAGAUUGAUGGUAUGGUUCAAGAAUUUGCAGACAUAAAUCGUGGAAUGGAGAAAACCGGAACUUUUACAAUGGAUAAAAAGAAGCUCCUUCAGCUUGUUGGGAAGGCUAAUUCAAAUCUAGCUGAUGUAAUUCUAAAAGUUGGUCUUUUUGAGAGAUCAGAAAUUGCUUGGAGGGAUGCCAAGUAUGCUCAAAUACAUGAAUAUCUUCGUGAGGAGUAUGAGGUGACUCAACGCUUCGGAAAUUUGGAUUUCAAAUUAAAAUUCGUGGAGCAUAACGUUCAUUUCCUCCAAGAAGUCCUCCAAAACAGGAAGUCUGAUCUCUUGGAAUGGUGCAUCAUUGGCCUGUUGACGAUUGAGAAUGUCAUAUCAAUAUACGAGAUUGUUCGUGAUUCAAAUGCGAUUCCUCUAUAAUUUUGCAAGCUGAUUAAGAAACAUGAAACAGAUGAUAAUUUUGUACCAGUAUUUAAUCUGUUUAUUUAGCAACUCAAUUCAUUAUCAUAUGUAUGCAAUAAAUUUUCUUGCAUAUACUACUAUAAAUUUUC